AAAAAUUUUCACUUGAAAACUCUUUACGGAGAAAAGUGAAUUAUUCCCCAAAGAAACAAAACAAACAUUGAAGGCUGUUAAUGUCCAAAAAUUUGGCAAAAAUGUCGAAAAAAAUUCUAGCAGUUCUAUCGGCAGGCUCUGAAGAGAUGGAAUUUACCAUAACCGUUGAUAUAUUACGCAGAGCCGGUGUGAACGUGACCGUGGGAGGACUGGAAGGAUCCGAUCCAGUAACUUGUUCGAGGCAAGUUGUCAUUGUACCGGACAAAGCUUUGUCGGAUGUGUCGACGGAAUCUUUCGAUGGAAUAUUCCUUCCUGGUGGUCUAGUCGGAGCAAAGAAUAUGUGCGAAUCGAAGCCUCUUGGUGAACUUUUGAAGAAACUUGAAAGUGAAGGCAAAGUUAUUGCAGCGAUCUGUGCAGCUCCAACAGCUCUACUAGCUCACUCUAUUGGUUUGGGAAAAUCGAUCACAUCUUAUCCAUCUACUAAGGAUCAAUUAGCUGGGAGCUAUAAAUAUGUCGAUGAUCAAGUGAUUGUACAAGAUGGACAGUUGUUGACUAGUCGUGGUCCGGGUACUGCUAUGGUGUUCGGAUUGAAAUUGGCCGAAAUUCUGGUUGGCAUGGAAAAAUCUCAAGAAGUUGCCAAAGGCAUGCUACUGAAUGGUGAAUACAAAUUGAAUUAAACGUUGGAUUGGAUUGUAAAGCGGAUCUUUGAUUUUAUUGUUAAACAAAUAUUGGUUCUAAAUAUUACUUAAACGUGGCACUACGUUCCGGUAAUAAAAUUCUUAUUUAC